GAAAGAGAGACAGCUGAUAAUCGUUCCAGAAGGUUCCAGAAGAGGUAUCUGCGUUCUAAGUUGUACUUGUCAACGUGAAUGUUAUAGUUGAUAUGAUUAGAAGUAGAAGAAAAAGAAAGCAGAGUACCCUCGAACGCUCACCCCCUCAUAGGUGAGCCAACACCUAACCUAUAACCUGAGUACUAUUCAUCAAGGAAAUAAUCAUUUAUCCUCCGCUUCUCAUCAUCAAUAUGUUGUUGCUAUAUUAUUUCGCGUUUUCAGCGCUACUUGCGGGUCCCUUAGUGGCCCAUGGAGCUGCGAUUCUGCGAACCAAUUCCAGUACGCUUUCCGGCCAUUCUGCUCGCGGGCCUGUCUUACGCUUCACAGGGGCCCCAUCAACGAGGGAGUUUUUU